AUUUAUUUGGGUACACCAUAUUCCAAGAUGGUGGUUGUGAUCUGACUGUGGCCAGCUGUAGCCUGUAGUUUCCACUGUAUUGACUUCCAAUGACCGUCAUUAACGAUGUCUGUUGAACCACGGAACACACAGCUGAGUUUAGAGACUGGAUCGGUGAGUAUUGACAUUUUGUGCGAGUUCCUGGAAGUGGCUAUCCAUUCAAUUCUCUAUUUACGGGACCUCUAUCCACGCGGUGUGUUUGAAAAGAGGAAAAAAUACAAUGUCCCUGUACAGAUGUGUCUCCACCCUCAUGUGUGCCAGUAUGUGGUCAAUAUAGUGGACAGUGCCCAUAAUAUGAACCAGCUUAACCAGCUAGAGAAAAUAUCUGUUGUCAUCCUAGGACCUGACCGGCAACCACUGGAGAGAUUCAUUAUAGAGAUAGGUCAACACUCUGAUCACCUGAAAGGAGAUGAUCGAUAUUUGUACCAGCUGGAGGAGUCCCUGCGUGCCUUUCUGCUCAAACUGAACGUCAGUGAUGCUCUCCUUCAGCCACUUCCAAAAGACUGUUCAUGGACAGUCCAAAUAGAAACAACAGAAUCAGCAGCUAACAGCAUCAACGACAAACAGAUGGUACAGGGAUUCCCAUGGGUGAAAGCUGAUCAAAGAGAGACAACUCUUGUUGAACCCAACAUUGUCCCUCUGAAGGCAGUGUCCUCGGACUAUAUGAAGAUGCAAAUGUUUGUAGAAGAAUCCUCAAUGAAAAGCUAACAGUUGUUCAGAGGGAGGACUACAAACACUACAGCAAUAACCCAUGUGAACUACCAACACUACAGCAAUUCCCCAGAGGUUCUCCAUGAAAACUACCAACACUACAGCAGUUCCCCAUGAGCACUUCCAACACUACACAGUUCCCCACAAGAACUACCAGUACUACAGCAGUUCCCCACAAGAACUACUAACACUACAACAGUUCCCCACAAGAACUACCAACACUACAGCAAUUCCCCAUGAGCACUUCCAACACUACA